GUAGGAAAGAAUUGAGGGAACAUUAUAAUUCUUACACGGAAGUGGAUCCUAGUUUUUUAUUAUGGAAAAAUAAGAGACCUAAAGUCACCUCAGUUUUUACAAAGCUUGAGCUAGUUCAAGAUUCUGCUGAUAGUAUUAGAGAAGAACCAAGAUUAGAGAAUCUUUUAGAGUUAAAAAAGAAUGGAGAAAUUCCACAAGUCAUCAUUCUAGAAGGAGUAGCUGGUUCUGGAAAGAGCACUGUUACCUCACUCCUCCUUGCUGAUUGGUGUACAGAGGGUGGAAAGAUUAGCUGCCUUCAAGAUUUUGAGCUUUUGCUUCAUUUUCAGUGUCGCAAUCCCCAUGUUUCAGGUUUCUUAGGCCUAUUAUUACUCCUUUUCCAAAAGACUUCUGGACGAAUGAAAGAAGAAGACUUGAUAAGAUCAGUGCUAAUGUCUAAAGUGCUUUUUGUCAUUGAUGGUUUAGAUGAAGCAAAUAAUGCAUCCCUGAAACUUCUCAGAGAGAUAUUACAGAAGCACAUCAUAGAGAGGAAUCCUAACAUUAGAUUGUUAUGUACAACUAGACCCCAGAGUGUAGAGCAGUUUCAUCGAUUGCUUCCUGAGGAAACUUCAGUAAUUCACUUGAAAAUUGUUGGUAUCCCUGUAGAAGAACAGUCUAAAUUUAUUGCCAGAUACCAUGAACAGUUGAAAUGUGGAGAAAACAGUCAACAGGAUCUCAAAGAACUUUUGAAUUAUAUUCAAUCCACAUCACAGAUUUCAGAACAUUUUCGGCUCCCACUAAAUCUAGUGUUCUUGACAUACCUUUGGAUGUUCUCAGCAGAGACAUUUGGUCAGUUACGUUCAGCUACAAAUCUUUACAUGGAGAUUUUGCAGCUGACAAAGAAGAAGCUUAUAGCUAGACUUCAGUCUAAUCUACAGUACAUUGAUCCUGAGGAAAUUACAAUUAAGUGUGAACAUUUUCUUGAAAUGAUGUAUCAGGAAAGUCUUCUGGCAUUGUGUCAGAAUUCAAUCCUCCUAAGCACUGUGAGCACUGAAGUCCUCAAGAAUAAAUGCAAAAGCUUAAGAUUGCCUUCAACUGAAGUUUUAUCAGGAUUUUUUACCAUUUCAAAGUCUUGGACAGGUAAAAUUUAUAGAGAAGAGUUUUCCUUUCCACAUAAAGGACUACAGGAUUUUUAUGCAGCACAGGCAAUAAUUGCUGUAAUUACUCAAAAGGAAGACAAGGAUUUAUUGGAGAAUGUGAGAAAUGGAAUUAUAAAAGUUCUUGCAAAAAUAACAUUUCAUCAAAAAUAUCAUCAGAAAUAGUGUCUGCAUCAGAGAAUAUUUUGAUUACAUCAAUAUCAAAACCAAAACAAAUUUUGUCCAUCUUGGAAGACCUUCACAGGGAUGAUCCUUUGUCUCUACAGAUAAACAAAUAUCAGAAUGUUCUCAUUCAUUUGAUAGGACUGCUAAAAAAUGAUGGAGAAAAUACAUUGCAAAAACAUGCAAAAGAAUUAGUUGGCUUAUUAAACAAAUCUGGAGUGAAGGAUUCUGAGCAGUGGUUGGACAUUUUAGCAGAGGCAGACUGUGCCCCAGUAAUAAUGGAAGAAGUAGUUCAGUUCAUGCCUACACACAGAUGGAGUGUUCGAGAUGGACACCUGAAAAGUGCACUGGUGCUAUUUCCAAACGUCCCAGUCAGACAAGUUGAUUUCUUGAUUGAGAAAAACCCUAAUUCUGUUCCCUACUUGAAAGAAAUGCUUCAGCAGGUUGCUUCUACCAAUUGCGAAAUCCAGUUGAACUUGCACUAUCAGUGGCAGCACCCAGAAGCAGAAACAUCAGAUGAGAUUCUUGAAUAUAUAAAACCUCUUCCAAGUCAAUCAGG